AGUCACCACACCGAUAGAGGCAUUCGUUACGAGCUUCGACGCGCUGUGCUACUACUACUGCUGCGCAAGAUGCUAUUCUUGGCCCGGUUUGCUGCCUGCUUGCUUGCCUAUGCCAACCAAUGCUACCUACCUGUCUGCAUAUCUGCAAACCCUGCACCUGGCAUAAUUAUCCCCACCACCACCACCAUUACCACCACCACACCCGCAAAGCCGCUCUCUGCCUCCUCCAAACCAACAAACCCAUCGUGCGAUCCAUUCCUGACCGGUCUGUGGUGUGCGCGAUCGAACGAGCCGCUCCGGGCCUGAUGAUCUAUGGGAAUUCCGAAUUGCUGUCGUCUAAUUAUUCUGCCGGUGUGCACACCCCUCCAACAACCUCCAAACACACACAUACGACGUGCACCUAUACCCACCCACCCACUUAUACCACCAUCUAUACGUGUAUGGCUAUACCCCGGCUGUUACGCGAGCAAACCAUGUGUGCUAAUAGUACGCACUGUACCCUCCAACUUGGCUAACUACAGCUGUGGCUGCAUCCGCCAUCCAGGCAACCCAUGCAUCCUAAACUGUUCCAUGCUGCAAUCCCGUCUUCUAUGCAGCUGCACUGUUCUUCUUCGCGUCUUCGCUGCUUGGGGGCCGUAUCUGUCUGUGUGUGUGUGUGUGUGUGUGUGUGUGCGUGUGUGUGUACAGGUG